AAAUCAAAAUAUGGGCUGGGUACCGACCCGGAUGCCAAAGACUUCGGGAGGAGCCCAAAUAUAUUGAAGCACGUGAGCAUCACGUGAGAAGGCAAGAACCGAUCUUCUCGUUAACUCGCCCUAAAUAAUCGGCUGGGGCGAUUACAGCAAAAUUCCUCGGAUCGCCAUCGCCGAUUUUUCACCAACCACCGUCAAACACCGUCAACAACCACAAUAAUCACCAGUACAGGGGAAAAACCUCUCUUGCUUAGUCUAAAGUUAUGGUUAGAGGAAGAGAUUCAUGUUGGGAACAUUGUGUCCUUGUUGAUGCAACUAGACAGAAGGUAAGAUGUAACUAUUGCCGGCGGGAGUUCAGUGGAGGAGUUUACAGAAUGAAGUUUCAUUUGGCUCAAAUAAAAAACAAAGACAUAGUUCCAUGUGCUGAAGUCCCGAACGAGGUGAGAGAUCACAUUAGAAGCAUUUUAAACACUCCGAUGAAACAGAAAAAUCCUAAGAAACCAAAGCUGGAUCAAGCUGCCAAUGAUCAGCAAAGAAGCUCUUCAGCUAGUGGUGGACUCCAUCCUCUUCGUGGAUUUAGUGGAGAGAACGGUAGCCCUUGUCCUUCUAUUAUGUUUGCGCGCCAUUCUCCGAGUUCACAGCUAGCAGUUGAUGAUGCUCAAAAGCAAAAACAGGACAAUGCUGAUAAGAAUAUUGCUGCGUUUUUCUACCACAAUGCAAUACCUUUUACAGCCGCAAAGUCCUUGUACUAUCAGGAAAUGGUGGACGCGAUUCUUGAGUGCGAAGUAGGGUAUAAAGCUCCAUGUGCUGAAAAAUUGGGCGGUAAUCUUUUGGAAAAAGUCAAAGUCGAUAUUAACGACAAUCACAAGAGAUUAAAGGAUGAAUGGAAAGAAACGGGCUGUACAAUCUUGUGUGAUUGCUGGUCCGAUGGAAAGACUAAAUCCCUUGUGGUACUUUCUGUGGCAUGUGCCAAAGGGACAUUGUUCCUUAGGUCCGUAGACGUAUCUGAUCAUGCAGAUGAUCCUCAUUAUUUAUUUGGGUUGCUUGAAUCAGUUGUUCUGGAAAUUGGCAUGAAUAAUGUUGUCCAAGUUAUUACCGAUAGUUCUGCUAGUUACAUAUAUGCGGGAACGCUUCUCACAGACAAGUACCCUUCGGUUUUCUGGUCUCCGUGCGCUUCCCAUUGUAUCAAUAAAAUGUUGGAGGAUUUUAGUAAACAUGAGUGGGUGAAUUUUGUUCUUGACGAGGCAAAUACAAUCACAAAGUACAUAUACGGUAAUCACUGGAUUCUAAAUAUGAUGAGAAAAUUUUCAGGUGGAGAGGAGUUUGUUCGACCAAGAAUUACAAAAAAUGUGGCUAAUUUCCUUUCCUUAAGGGCCCUUGUGAUUCAAGAGGAUAAUUUAAAACACAUGUUUUCUCGUGCCGAAUGGUUGUCAUCUAUAUAUAGUAGGCACCACGACGUCCAGGCCAUAAAGUCAUUGUUGUGCCUUGAAAGAUUCUGGAGAUCCGCACGUGAAGCUGUCGCGGUGUCCGAACCGUUACUUAAACUGUUAAGGAUCAUGGAUGGAGACAUGCCAGCUAUGGCAUAUAUGUAUGACGGAGUGGAAAGAGCAAAGAUGUCCAUAAAAGCAUUCUAUAAGGAUGUUGAUGAAAACUUUGCGCCGAUUUGGGAUAUAAUUGACAGGAGAUGGAGCACGCUUCUUCAAUCCCCAUUACAUGCAGCAGCAGCAUUCCUUAAUCCUUCCAUUUUCUACAAUCCAAACUUUAAGAUUGAUUCAAGGAUCAGGAAUGGUUUUCAAGAAGCCAUGACGAAAAUGGCGUCCGAGGAUAAAGAUAUAAUAGAAAUUACUAAAGAACAUCCCAUAUACAUAAAGGCUCAAGGUGCUCUAGGGACUGAUUUUGCAAUAAAGGGCAGGACACUGAAUGCCCCAGCUGAUUGGUGGAUGGGUUAUGGUUACGAAAUUCCAAGUCUACAGAGAGCUGCUAUACGGAUUUUGAGUCAACCUUGCAGUCUGCACUGGUGUAGAUGGAACUGGAGCACUUUUGAUAGUGUUCAUAGCAAAAGACGGGACAGGUUGGAGCCUGAUAGAUUUGACGAUCUUGUUUAUGUGCACUUCAAUCUCUGGUUACAGGCAAUUGUAAGAAGUAAAGAUAGCAAAUGUAAGCCAAUCAAUUUUGAUGAAAUAGAUGUCGGUGCUGAAUGGCCUACUGAAGCUGAAGUUGUAUGCACUUUCUUGGAUGAUUCCUGGUUGCACACUGCACCCAUUGAAGGCAGAGGAAUGGAGCCAGAAAGUUUGUUAACAUGAAGGUGCAGAGUUUUGAGCUCAGAAUGGAGCCAGAAAGUCUAUUAACAUGAAGAAACAGAAAUUGCAAGUUUCUCAAAUUGCCAAAUGAAGCAGGAAUUGGACCAGCAAGUUGAUUACGCGAUAAUUCCAGAUCCAUGAGGUUUUCCAGAUUUCCCAACUCACUAGGAAUGGAGCCAGAAAGUUUGUUAACAUAAAGCAGGAAUAGGACCAGACAAUUCAUUGGAGAAAGCAUAGAAAUUUUUUGCAUUGAUCAAGUUACCUAUUUCUAGAGGAAUAUGAUCUGUUAAUUGGUUUUUCUGAAGACGAGCUUCAACAAGAUUGACAAGUGCGCCAAUUUGUGGCGGGAUUGUGCCUGAAAUCUGAUUAGUCGACAAGUCAAGAUAGACAAGAUUAGUGAGUUUGCCUAUUUCAGGUGGGAUAGUGCCAGAGAGCUGGUUCAUGCUAAUAUCAACAUAUUCAAGAAAAGGGAGGGACGAAAAUGGAAAAUCAUAGAGCGUGCCAAUGACACCAACAUUUGUAAUAUUCAACUUGUUUACCCUACCGUUGACGCAUAUAACUCCAUACCAGCCCCUGCAUGCAUCAGAACUUAGUUUCCAAGAAGCCAACAAGGUAUUAUUCUGGUUUUGGAAAGUGGCUUUCCAUUUGAGGAGAGCAGUUGCUUCCUCAGUGGAAGCAAAAGUAAAUGUGAAGAGAUAUAAGAAAGUGAAAAACUGAAUUAAAAAAUUGUUCUUGGAAUCUUCAUUAUGGCUAAAGGAUUUAAGUUGUUUAUUUUGUUUAUUGAUGAA